CGAUGCCCGCGGAGGCCGCGCUGAAGCCCUCGGCCUCUCCCGCCGAGCGCUGCCCACGUCGGGGCCGUUGGCGGUGGAAGAUGGCGCUGGUCGGCCCGGUCUCCCGCGCUCUGGCCGAGCGGUUGUCCCGCUGCCGGCUGCUGGUGGUGGGCGCCGGCGGCAUCGGCUGCGAGCUCCUCAAAAACCUGGUGCUGGCCGGCUUCAGGGACAUCGAGGUGGUUGAUUUGGAUACGAUCGACGUCAGCAACCUCAACCGGCAGUUUCUGUUCCAAAAGAAACACGUUGGAAAGUCAAAAGCUCAGGUGGCGAAGGAAAGUGCCCUUCAGUUCUGUCCCGAGGCCAUGAUUACUGCUUAUCAUGACAGCAUCAUGAACCCAGAUUAUAAUGUGGAGUUCUUCAGGCAGUUUACUCUCGUGAUGAAUGCUCUGGAUAACAGGGCUGCCCGUAACCACGUGAAUAGAAUGUGUUUGGCUGCUGACAUUCCUCUUAUAGAGAGCGGGACUGCAGGAUAUCUUGGCCAAGUCACUGUCAUCAAAAAGGGAGUGACGGAAUGCUACGAGUGCCAGCCUAAACCAACACAGAAAACAUUCCCCGGCUGCACAAUCCGGAACACUCCUUCAGAACCAAUCCACUGUAUUGUAUGGGCAAAGUACCUGUUCAACCAGUUGUUUGGAGAGGAAGAUGCCGACCAGGAAGUAUCACCUGACACAGCUGACCCGGAGGCUGCCUGGGAGUUGUCGGAUGCAGCAGCGAGGGCAGGAGCUUCCAAUGAGGAUGGUGGUAUCAAGCGUGUUUCAACAAAGGACUGGGCCAGAUCCACUGGGUAUGAUCCUGUCAAAAUAUUCAACAAGCUUUUCAGAGAUGAUAUAAAGUACUUGCUCACAAUGGACCAGCUGUGGCGCAGAAGGAAAGCUCCUGUUCCGUUGGACUGGGCUGCUGUAGAAAGACUUGAGAUGAGCUCAUCGCUGCAGCAAACAAGCACCUCCCAGGCUGGCCUGAAGGACCAGCAGGUCCUUGACGUGAGGAGCUACGCACACUUGUUUGCACAAAGCGUUGAUCACCUCAAAGCCCGUCUGGCCGAGAAGGGGGACGGAGGGGAGCUGGUCUGGGACAAGGAUGAUCCCCCAGCCAUGAACUUUGUGACUGCAGCCUCGAACCUGCGAAUGCACAUCUUCAGCAUUAACAUGAAGAGCAAGUUUGAUGUGAAAUCCAUGGCAGGAAAUAUCAUCCCAGCAAUCGCCACCACGAAUGCAGUGAUAGCUGGCCUGAUCGUGUUGGAAGGACUGAAGAUUCUCUCCGGGAACCUGGAACAGUGCAAGACAAUCUUUCUGAACAAGCAGCCCAAUCCCCGGAAGAAGUUACUGGUUCCGUGUACCCUGGAUCCCCCGAAUCCCAGCUGCUACGUGUGUUCCGUCAAGCCCGAAGUAACAGUCAAACUCAACACCCAGAAAGUCUCUGUCCAGAUGCUCCAGGACCGGAUUUUGAAGGAUAAAUUUGGAAUGGUGGCUCCAGAUGUUCAGAUAGAAGAUGGCAAGGGAACAAUCCUCAUCUCCUCAGAGGAAGGGGAGACUGAAGCAAACAACAACAAGAACCUGUCUGAGUUUGGCAUUCGUAACGGAAGCCGCCUCCAGGUAGAUGAUUUCUUGCAAGACUACACUCUGACCGUAACUCUCCUGCACAGUGAAGAUCUGGAGAAAGAUAUCGAGUUCGAGGUGGUGGGAGACGCCCCUGACAAAGCACCUCACAAGCUGAGCGAGGAAGAUGGCAAGGCCAUUACCAAUGGCAGUGACGAUGGAGCCCAGCCAUCUACGUCCAAAGCUGCAGAGCAGGACGACGUGCUGAUUGUCGACUCUGACGAAGAGAUGCCCUCAUCCAGUGGAGCUGAGGCUAAUGCGGAGAGCCGGAGCCUGAAGAGGAAGCUGGAGGAUGAGACGGAAGGUGUUGGCGUUAAGCGGAUAUGUACCGCUCAGGAGGAGGACGACGACAUCAUCGCACUGGAUUGAGCGGCGGGUUGGGGUUGUCCCCUUACCUGUGCCUUCUGGUGUCACACGGUGUCGUCAGGUAGACCAUAAGGUGGGAUGGGGAGUUGUUAGUCAGGGAGAUGGGGGUUGGGAGGUUCACGUUUUGGACAGAGGGCUCAAUGACAAGUCCCAGCCUUAAACUGUCAGGUCAAAGUAUCGGUUCAGGGGAGGGGGGUUGGGACGACAGAGCAGCUGAGAAGGGCACCCAUUCAACGGGUUUGGAGAGCGAUGUCUGUCACAUUGCUGGAUAUAAAAUCUCACCCAAACCUUUUGGCUCAUUGGUCAAUAUUGAAUGGUUCUCCAGCGUCAGCUCAACCUGCCUCCCCUCCCCCUGUCGGCUCUCAAUCUACUUAUAAAAUUCGCUGUUGAUGAAGUAUUAAAACGUUCCUCUUUGUAUAACUUGAGAUCAAACAGCGACAAGUUUUGUAAAUUGCUGUAAACACUUAAUUUCUCGCCAGCCCUGUUUGUACUUUCAACAUUGGAGCCUCUUUUGUCAGUUCCGGGAUCUUCCCUUGUGUCUUGUUACAGUUUGUAGCUAUUUAUAUGUGACUUUUGUAUAACACAGAUAUCUUAACUUCUGUUUGUUCAUAAUUUACACAAACCUCAAUGAUCAGAUUACGCGUGGAGACCCCAACGAACGGAAUGUGAGAGGCCCGUAUCCAGGAGAUCUCUGUGACAAUGAAGUCCCUGGCUGGCUGGGACUCAGAUUGUACCCUGUACAAAGGCGUGGUUGGGGUGUCGGAGGGUCAGGGCAUUUUCAGAAGAGCAGUCGCCAUAUUCCAUAGAGAGGGGAGAAACAAUAGAUUGGAAUUUGCGUUUGUACUGCUCUGCAUCCAGUACUGAUCUGAUCAACCUGUUCAAUGUUUAGAAAGAGAGAUACAUUGCAGACGCUGUAGCUGGAAGUAUUUUUGUAGCAAAUUGACAUUGUUGUUUCAUUACAGUUUUUUUUGUAUCUGAAUCGACUAUAAACGUAAAGAAAAGCUUUGUUAUGAAUGGCGGUUUUCCCAAUUAAAACAUUCAUUGUGUAAA